ACGCCUGCCCUCUGCCGGCAGGCAGUGAAAUUGCACCGCAGAGUCCCCAGCGCGCAUGCUCAGUUUCAAGCUCCGCGCCACAGGAAGAUGGCGUCUAACAACGGCGGCGGAAUGGAGGUGGACGGGGCCGCUAGCCCCAGUGUGAUGGCCUCUGGAGUGACCGGUUCUGUCUCGGUGGCUCUGCACCCGCUGGUCAUCCUCAACAUCUCUGACCACUGGAUCCGCAUGAGGUCCCAGGAGGGGAGGGCUAUGCAGGUGGUGGGAGCUCUGAUUGGGAAGCAGGAGGGCAGGAACAUCGAGGUGAUGAAUUCCUUCGAGCUGCUCUCUCACAGCGUGGAGGACAGGAUCGUCAUCGACAAGGAGUACUAUUACACCAAGGAGGAGCAGUUUAAGCAGGUGUUUAAGGAGAUGGAGUUCCUGGGCUGGUACACGACAGGCGGUCCUCCCGACCAAUCAGAUAUCCUAGUGCACAAGCAGGUAAGUCCUGUGUCUCAGCGUUGUCUCAGUGUGUCUCAGCAUGUCUCUGUGUGUCUCAGCGUGUCUCAGUGUGUCUCAGCGUGUCUCAGUGUGUCUCAGCGUGUCUCAGUGUGUCUCAGCGUGUCUCUGUGUGUCUCAGCAUGUCUCUGUGUGUCUCAGCGUGUCUCUGUGUGUCUCAGCGUGUCUCUGUGUGUCUCAGUGUGUCUCAGUGUCUGUUUUCUCUCCUCUGCCCUGUGCAGGUGUUGUGAGAUCAUCGAGAGCCCCCUCUUCCUCAAGCUGAACCCCAUGACCAAACACACAGACCUCCCAGUCAGUGUGUUUGAGUCAGUCAUUGACAUCAUCAAUGGAGAGGCCACCAUGCUGUUCGCUGAGCUCACCUACACUCUAGCCACGGAGGAGGCGGAGCGCAUCGGCGUGGAUCACGUGGCCCGCAUGACGUCCACGGGGAGCGGAGAGAACUCCACAGUAGCGGAGCUCCUCAUCGCCCAGCACAGCGCAAUCAAGAUGCUGCACAGCCGGGUCCGAGUCAUACUGGAGUAUGUGAAGGCCGUGGAGGCAGGCGAGGUCCCAUUUAAUCAUGAGAUCCUGCGGGAGGCGAAUGCUCUGUGUCACCGGCUCCCAGUCCUCAGCACUCACAAGUUCAAGACAGACUUCUACGAUCAAUGUAACGAUGUGGGUCUCAUGGCGUAUCUGGGCACCAUCACCAAGUCCUGUAACAGCAUGAACCAGUUCAUCAACAAAUUCAACGUCCUGUACGACAGGCAGGGGAUCGGACGCAGAAUGAGGGGGCUGUUCUUCUGAGACACCCCGAAACUGAGGGGGGGGGGGUCCCGGCUCAGGGGCGGGAAUGAGACUGUGUGAUCCAGUCCUGGUUUCACUGUGAGUUUAAUAAUAAGACACACCAAGCUUGUUCCCAGACACACUGUGGGGAGAUCAAGCUGGCAGCAAUAAAACCUGGACUGGAUCACGCUGCUGUGGAACAGGAGUCUCCUGCAUGUUUUGCCGUUUCUGUCGUUGCAAUGCCUUUUCCAAAUAAAAAAUAAAUUAAAAAUGUAAAAUAAAAUGUGAUUUGAAUUCGUG